AUGGCAUCUCCCACCAGCAUGUUAGCGGAGGAGCAGGUGCACUGUGCCAUCUGUCUGGAUGUGUUUACCAACCCUGUCUCUAUCCCUUGUGGACACAACUUCUGCAUGGCAUGCAUUGGCAGCUACUGGAAGUCCAGUGCCCGUAUUAUGUGUCCGAUGUGCAAAAAGACUUUCUUCAAGCAGCCCGACAUCAGCAUCAACACAGUGCUGAGGGAAAUCUCUGAACAGUUUAAGGAAAUUAGAACAAACGCAGUUGCGAAACUUCAGAAGAUAACGCAACUGAACCCAGGACAGAGCCCUGUGGAACUCCCCACAGAAAUGCCUAAACUGAUACCUGCUAAUGGACCAUGGGCCCAAGAGGUGUCCUGCGACGUGUGCACUGGCCCUCAGCGACAGGCAGUAAAGUCCUGCUUGGUUUGUUUGACGUCUUACUGUGAGGAGCACUUAAAGACCCACACUUCCCGCUUCACCAAACACAAGCUGAUCGAACCCGUGCAGAACCUGGAGGACUGUAUGUGUAAGAAGCAUGAGAGGUUACUAGAGCUGUUUUGUAAGAAGGAUCAGACCAUAGUGUGUGUGCUGUGCACAGAGAUGGACCACAGGGCACAUUACACUGUUCCUGUCGAACGAGAGUGGACCGAGAAAAAGAACUUUCCAUCGUUAAUGUCUCAUCCACACACUAAAGACUGGUCUGAGACCUUGGAGACUCUUACUGAAGAAGUAGAAAAACUUGCAGAAAUAGAGCUGAAGAGAGUUCAGAAGUACUCAGUGGACAUCACCUUUGACCCGGACACGGCGAACCCCUGGCUGCAGCUGUCCGAGGGUGGCCAUCAGAUCCGUCACCUGGGCACAUGGCAGGACCUGGCCGACACACCUGAGCGCUUCGAUACGGUGGUGAUCGCUCUCAGCCGCGAGGGACUGUCCUCGGGACGCCGUUACUGGGAGGUCCAGGUGGGCGAGAAGGACGACUGGUACAUCGGUGUGGCCCGGGCGUCCGUCAACAGAAAAGGCAGGAUUUCGGUGAGCACGGCUCACGGCUACUGGGCUCUAGCCAUGAAGAAAGGCCAGGAAUAUCGCGUUUCUUCCUCUCCACCCCUCCUGCUCUCCAUCGAGCCCAAGCUGAAGAGAGUGGGCGUCUAUGUGGACUACGAAGAAGGACAGGUGUCGUUCUACGACGUACAAAACAAAGGUCACAUCUACACCUUUAUGGACUCGUUUAAAGAGAAACUCUUCCCGUUUUUCUACCUCUACUGCUGCGACAAGGCGUCAGACACCAUGAUGAUCUGUCCGGUGCAGGAGACGUCUCAUACUAAACAGUGCUGAAUCACGAGCCAUGCAAUGACUCUACAGUACUUCUGUUUCUAUACGGUUACUUUGUGCAUAUUAUAGAUAUUUAGUUUUAAUGCAUGGCCACGCAAAAAGGAAUUAUUCACAAACAACCAAAGCAUACAAGACUGAAAUAUACAUGAAAUAUAAUUUAAAUUGAAAUAAAAUUGAAAUAUUUAUGUAAAUCAGUGCAAGUGUAUAUAUAUAUAUAUUUCUACAAAAAUUGAAUCAGGUUUAUUGCAUGGCCAGAAUGUGAGGUAAGAUGCAACGAGCUGAACAUGACGACGCUGAAAACAGCAGUAUUUGCCAAAUUAUUAUAUGAUAAAAAUGUUAAAUAGGGAGGCCAUCUGUCCGACUCAUUUGUCCUCCUUUUAAGAUCAUCACUAUUAUACACUUUAUUCAAUGUUAUAUAAUUAAUAAAUCAAAUUAAUGAAUUAAAACAUACUGUAGGCUAAGUUUAAGCU